UCCCACAUUUCAUCACACUUUCUUUGUUCUUCUUUUUCCGUUUGCUUUUUCUCAACUCCUACACACACACACUCUCUCUCUCUCUCUCUUCUCUUUGCUUUUUCACAUUGCCAUCAUCAUUGUUGUAUAAGAACAACCUCCCUUUUCCACUCAAUUCCAACUGUAAACCUUUGCUUCUUGUUUUUCCUUGGAAUAUAAUUCUGGGUUGUUUCUUGUGUCUUCAUUCUUGGGUUUUCACCCUUAUUCUCCAUCUGGGUCUUCAAAUUUUCCUACAAAGUUUCUUUCUUUCUUUUUUUUUUUUGUUCUCUCCCAUGGAAAAAGAUCAGGUUUUUAUGGGUGAGGGACUAAACAGAGCUGCUGCAGUACAAGCAGGUUGGAAUUCUUGCAGUUUUGGGAUGGAAAUGGAAACAGAUGAACUGAAUUGUGUUGGAAGUUGUUUUUUGAAUCCCAAAUGGCAUAAUUCAAUGGAUCAGAGCGAUCCCUUUGAGUCAGCAUUGAGUUCUAUGGUGUGUUCUCCAGCUGCAUCCAAUGCUGGAAGUACUAAUUUUCCUGCUUCUGGUGAUAAUACAAUGAUGACAGAUUUGAUUGGAAAAUUAGGAAAUAUUUGUAAUACUGGUGAUAUUUCACCCCAGUCAUUGAUUAAACCACCAAAUAAUAACAACAAUUGCAGUUCCAACACUUCCUGUUACACUUCUCCAUUGGAUUCACCACCCAAGCUCAAUCUUUCUAUGAUGGGAGGAAACCAGAUACUCAAACAUCCAAGCUUGGUACCAGUUUCAGCUGACCCUGGAUUUGCUGAGAGGGCUGCUAGAUUUUCCUGCUUUAAUGGCCUAAAUCCCCAGGUUGGAGUGACUGAAGCUGAAUUUGUUCAGCUGACCAGAGUUUCCACGAAUCAAUCCAUUAUGGUCACUGGAUCUCAAGUACAUGUUCCAGACAGCAACAAGAACACACUCCAGGAUGGAAAUUCAUGUUCUGAUAAGAGAAACAGUAGGCUCUCAAGGUGUUCAUCGCCAGAGAAUGGUGAUUCCAAGGAUGAAUCUUCAAUAUCUGAACAGAUCCCAGGUGUGGGUUCAAGCAUCAAAGCCCAAAACGAUGCCAAUGCCAGGAAAAGGAAAUCAAUGCCCAGAGGGAAAGCAAAAGAAACCCCAUCUCCAGCAGCUGCUGAGGCUAAGAUUGCUGAGGAGAACAAUAAAUCCACUGCCAAACGAAGCAAGCAACAAAAUGACAGUGCUAAAGCAGAAAAUAAAGAGAAUCCCAAGCCACCAGAGCCGCCAAAGGACUACAUCCAUGUCAGGGCCAGAAGGGGUCAAGCAACUGAUAGCCAUAGUCUUGCUGAAAGAGUUCGAAGAGAGAAAAUAAGUGAAAGGAUGAAGUUCCUUCAGGAUCUUGUUCCAGGUUGCAAUAAGGUGACUGGCAAAGCACUUAUGCUUGAUGAAAUUAUCAACUAUGUGCAGUCGUUGCAGCGUCAGGUCGAGUUCUUAUCUAUGAAGUUGGCUACCGUAAAUCCAAGGAUGAAUGCUAACACGGAAGCCUUACUGUCUAAGGAUAUGUUUCGGUCUCGUGGAUCUUUGCCGCAUUCUCAUUAUCCAAUGGAUUCUUCUGCGCUGGCAUUUGGUUUAAGGUACCAACCCCAGCAAGGGCUUCCUAUGAACAAUGGCAUAUCCAAUGACACACAGAUUAAAUUCUCAAUGAAUCCAGCAAAUGCUGCCUUGCAUAAAACACAAAGAUUGCAGCUGCCUCCUGUUGAUGGUAUUUCUGAUGCUAACCCUCAGAUUGGAUCAUUUUGGGAUGAUGACCUCCAAAGCAUUGUUCAAAUGGGAUUUGGCCAGAAUCAACCACAAAGCUGUCAAAGUAAGCAUAGUUGAACAAGAUUUUGAUGAAAUUAUGUGGUGCAUGCCAAGUGAAAACUGAGAUGCAAUUAACCAUUAGAACAACAAUUUCUGAUUCACUUUUAGGCCCUCCAUGAGAGACAAAGAGAGGCCUUUGUAUAUACAGAAGAAUUACAGCUUGAGAGAAAAUUGAUCUAUUAAUCUGAAUAUUCCCAGAUUGUUUUCUGCAAAUUCAUUCUUUAGCGAAUUCUUACAGGGAUUCCUGAUUUGUAAUAUGGUAGGACUAAUUGCAAUGAAGUGGGGCAUUAUUUAUGAUUUCAA